CUCACAUUACAGGGUACGCGUUUUUCUCUUUAAUCGAAUAAAGCUCAUCAUUCUAGACUUUGAUCUCAGGAGAUCAUUUGGCUUCCUGCGAUUGAGAACGAUGCCAUCGGAUUCUUUCAAGACAUUGAUCUCAAGAAGCCAGUUCACAGAGAGCCUGCAAUGCAGAUGACAAUUAGGGUCUAAGGUUCCACUGAGAGGAUGCUCUUCUAAUGAAGAGGAAUGAUGCUCUCUGAGAAGAAAAACAGAACAUGCUCUCUCUGCGUCACAGUUGCAGAUUUUGUGUUGCAACCACUACAGCUACUGUUACCACUAUUUCAACCCAUAACUCAAAACCCAAGACCCUAGACGAGCCCGCAUUGGUUAAGCUCAAGGCUGAAAGAGAUCCAGAAAAGCUCUUCCACUUAUUCAAGGCUAAUGCCCACAAUCAUCUUGUCAUUGAGAAUCGCUUCGCCUUCGAGGAUACUGUGUCUCGUCUAGCUGGUGCCAAACGAUUUGAUUACAUUGAGAAUCUCCUCGAGCACCAGAAGACCCUUCCUCAGGGCCGAAGGGAAGGAUUCAUUGUCCGCAUUAUAAUGCUUUAUGGGAAAGUUGGGAUGACGGAGCAUGCCCUCCAGACAUUCUACACAAUGCAUCUCUUUGGCUGCACACGGACCGUCAAGUCCUUCAAUGCUGCUCUUAAGGUUUUGGCUCAAACCCUUGAUUUUGAAGCCAUUCAAGUCUUCCUCGAUGAGGUUCCGAGACAGUUUUACAUUUCACCUGAUGUGUUCUCUCUCAAUAUCAUCAUCAAGGCUUUUUGUGACAUGGGCAUUCUGGAUUCAGCUUAUUUGAUUAUGGUAGAGAUGGAAAAGGUGGGAGUACGACCCGAUGUAGUUACAUACACCACACUUAUAUCUGCCUUUUAUAAGAACAAUAGGUCUGAGAUUGCUAAUGGGUUAUGGAAUCUAAUGAUACAUAAGGGGUGCCUUCCAAAUCUUGUUACCUUCAAUGCUAGGAUUCAGUUCUUGGUUAAUCAGAGACGUGCAUGGAAAGCUAAUGAAUUGAUGGCUAAGAUGCCGUUACUUGGCAUAAGUCCUGAUGAGGUGACUUUUAAUUUGGUGAUCAAAGGCUUUUAUCAGGCUGGUUAUCCUGAGAUGGCAAGAAGGGUUUAUUAUGCAUUAUGUGGUAAGGGUUACAAACCCAAUCGGAUGAUUUUCCAAACAUUGAUACAUUAUGAAUGUAAGGCAGAGGACUUUAAUUUGGCAUUCAGAAUUUCCAAGGAUAGCAUGGAGAGGAACUGGUUCCCUAGUGUGGAUACCAUCUGUAAGCUACUUGAAGGUCUUUGGAAGAAAGCAGAGUACAGAAAGGCCAGAGUGAUCAUGUUGUUGAUUCAGAGAAGAAAACCUCCUUGUUCUACGGAUGAACUGAAGGUUUUUCAAUCCAUACUAUCUGAGGGUUGAAUAAGAUGACUGAUAACAAAUUGGAUUGAUCCAUCCAUAUUGUUGAUGUCGAGCAGGGAAAGGAUGUGGGACUCUGUGUUCUUACUCAUAUUCAUUUAUUCAUUUAUAUUGAUUGAUAACAUGUAUAUGGAUUCCUAGUGGAUGAGCAUUGGAGCAGAGGUAAUUCCAGUCUUGUCCAUCGAGUUAAUUGUAUCAUGACUCUGGAAAAAGUACUAAGGUAAUGAACAGUACUCACCUGGAUUCCUGGAAGUUUCUUAUAAGAUGGCAUUCAUCUCCUUUCUUACAGUUACUAAUCAUUUGUCAUUCUUUCUUCCAGACAUAUUCCAAUGACAUAAAAUAUUAUCGCAGUACAUUAUAUUGAAUUCCAUGCUUUACUUCUCUGUGAUUGCUUGUGAGUGGUUUUAUGUCUAGUUCAAUACUUUCAGCUUGGGUGGAUCAAGAAGAGAAUGGUGAAGAUAAACAAGGGCUACUUGUUGGAUAUAAUUAAACUGAAAUAAAGAUUGUAAUAGAUUAUCUAAGAGGUUGGUGGAAGCAAGAACUACAUUGAUCCUAAAGCAGAAGACAGAGCCAAAGGGUCUGCUGCUUUUCUGCAGGUACAGUAGAUAUUUGGGAGUCUGAGGCCGAAAAUUUUGAAAUGGAGAAAGGAUGGAAAUCUGCGAAAAGAAGCUAGAAUUGCCGGAGCGGUGGAGCAGAUGCUACAAUUGGCUUAAACCAUCAGUAAUAUUUAUUAGAAUUCUAUUUUUAAAUUACACAAAAAAAACACUUUAUUUUCUACUAUCUCAAGGCAAAAGUGCUUGGUAGCAAGACUCUUGUCCAUCUAGAACCAUAAAACAUCAUGGCUGGUCGAUAGUGUUUUAUGCUU